ACUUUUCAUUAAAGUCAUCAUGCGCAAUUGAUUACAAAAAAAUUAAUUGUAAUCGCUGACGUCAUUUUUCUCUUUCAAACAUGGCAGGUUUUGAUGUCAAAAGUGUGUUUUCUUCUGAAGUCUUAUGACUCAUUACGAUUUCUGUGCACCUAAUUAUCGUGAUUUUCGGUUUAUCAGUGUUGACAUUUCAGAGAUUUAUGGAAAAUAGAAAUUUUAUUUUUACAAGUAAAAGAUGACUGAUGUUUCUUGUUCAAAUAUCCUGGAAAACAGGAAUGCAGGAAACGUGACUCAUAUUUUAGCAGCACUUCCUCCUCCCCCAACAAAAAGUCAUCGAACAGGAUCUCUGCCGACUGCUGUUGUGAAACAAAGUAGCAUUGCUUUAGAAAGUGAAAUAUCACCUAGUCAUCAACCGCCUUCUCAACCCUCAUCUCUCAUUAUUGCUCCGUCUUCUAAAAUUAGUGAUUCUCCUUGUUCUUCACCUACUGAUCCGGUUACUAUUUCGCCCCGAAGCUCAAUUUCUUUGUCUACUGAUAAAAGUUGGUCUUUUUUCCAAAAAGAUGGAGCUGCAGGAUGGACUAACUUUGAAGAGCAUCAUCAUUUAUUGGGUGCAGAUGAAGAUAAUAGUGAAAGGCAUUCAAGUGAUGACGAUGCUGAUGUCUGGUCCAUUACUGAUGAGCAGCGAGAAUAUUACUUUAAUCAAUUUAAAUCCAUGCAAUCUGACUUAAAGAAAAAAAUAUCUGGUGCCACAGCUAAAGAAUUUUUUGAAAAAUCCAAGCUGCCCCUUAUUGAACUCUCAAAAAUAUGGCAAUUAUCUGAUGUUGAUAAAGAUGGCGCCCUUAGCAUAGAUGAAUUUUGUACAGCCAUGCAUUUAGUGGUCCUCAGAAGAAAUAACAUAGAACUACCUGAUGUUUUACCUCCUUCCCUUGUACCAAAAAUAACUAAAACAUCUGAAGGUGAUGUUAAUAUUCCAAAUGCAACAACUACCACUGUGCAGCAACCUCAAAGCCAAAUUGUUAAUAGUCCAAAACAGGCUUCCCCAUCAGAGCUUGUAUCCCCUCAGAGCAAAGAAUGGACAAAAUUCAAUGACUCUCCCACAAGUUCACUCUCUUCCCCAGGAAUGAAACCAGUUAAUUUUGAUUUUUCUGCUGCUUCUGUUGAACAGGAUCCAAAGAUUCUUCACCCUGUAGCGUUACGAUUAUCACCUGAGAAACAAGUGGCCUAUUCAUCAACUUCUGACAAAGAGCCAACAGGGCCUAGUAGUACUUCUCAAUCAUCUGAAGUUAAUCCAGAUUUAAUGAAUGGUCCUGUUCAUUCUAGCUCAUUUUCUGGAACUAGCAGUGAGCCCUCCAAAUCUUUAGUUGCCUCAUCAAGUACUACUACUACAGCAUCCAAUCUUCCUCAGGGACCUAAGAAAGAACCACCUCCUCCUCCACCCCCAAGACCCAAGCAUAAUCAUAUCAGAAGUUCCUCAUUAGAUUUAAAUAAAUUAGGUAAAACAGUACCACAUUUUCUAGGUACUCCACCUGCAGUUCCGCCUCGAGUUUCUCCUAGUGGAGCUACACCUCAUAAGUCCUCUGUUCACUCGGAUGAACACAAGACUGACGCUGUAGAAUUUGCAGACUUUGCCAAUUUUGAUGAAUGUGAUAAUGCUAAUUUACAUUUGAAGUCUGGAGCUUUUGAAAUUUAUAAGAAGCCAUCAUCCAUAUCACAGGAUGGAUUACAAACAAUUACUGAUUCAAGAGUCUUCUUGUUAGAUCAGAUUCCCACCCCGAUUGCAACCACUGAUGAUAGCACAGCACUGUUAGUUGAUAUUACACAUUCUGAAGAAUCAGGUACAGAAAGGAAAAGGCAUCCGUCAGCACCCCCUUUAGCUAUUGCUGCUGCUACUAUAAAUGCUGUGCCCCGUGACAAAAGAGAGCUUCUAGCUGCGAUACAAGCACAUCGUGAAAGAAAUAUGAUGCUGACUUUACUUAAUAGUGAACUGAAUCAAGAAUUGGCCGAAAUCAUGGAAGAAAGAAUCGCUCUAGAAAUACAGCUGGAGCAAAUGAAACCAUUUUCUUAAAUACUGAAAAAGUGCAUUAAAGAUUCGUGUGCAAGAUUAGAAUGUCUGUUUGAAUGCUUGGUAUCUCAAAAUCAUCUUUCCUAUAUUAGUCCUCUUUAUCAUUCCAUGUUCUCAACUUGUAUCUUUCUUCUUUCAAAUAAUUUGAUUGAAAAUGUUUUCUUAAGCAUUUUUAAUCUGAAUUUAUUUGAUUUUAUUUAUUAUAAUCAAGAUAUGUAAUGCAUUUUUAAUAUCUGUCUGCUGUUGCUUUUGCAUAUGGGAUACAACUAGAGUUUUUCAUAGUUUUAAUUAAUUUACUUUAGGAUUAUUUUAUUGCUUUUUAAACUUUGAAUUUCUAUAUUCACUAUGUUUUUAAAUUAAUACAUAUGGAUUAGAAAGAGCAUAUAUUAAUAUUUAUGUUGUUGAUUAACAAUCUAAAACUGCUCUGUAAUCCUUUGGUGACUUAAACAAAAUUUCUGUGUAAGAAGCAGUUUUAUUGUUUUAAAAUUUCAUUCAUAAGCAUCUGUGAUGUGUGUUAAAACCAAAAAUAUGUUACAAUUUGUAAAUGUAAGCCAGUUUUUAUGUCUUCUGCUUGCUAUAUUUAUUUGGAAUUUAAUUUUGAAAAAAAUUGAAAUCACCAGAUUUGAGUAAAUCUUGUUAAAAGGAAUCUUAAAGUUAUGUGAAAUGUGAUGUUUUUUAUAGGGGUGUAGCACGGAAAAGCGAUAAUUAUAUAUAAAUAUUAUGGUACAAAUAAUUUUUAUUAAUUUUUGAAGAUAGUUUUACCAUAGAAAAAAAACUUUAAUGUUUAGGCAUUGCUUUAUAUACUAUUUAUUUCAUGUAUUAACUAAAACUAAUUAAGCAUUAGCAACCACUAAUAUCGUUCCUUCGCCUGUUGUUUUUCCUGUAAAAAACCAGUUUCUCAUUUUGUUAUUCAAUGAGAAAGCUGUAUAUUGAGAAGAAACUUUUAUGUAAAAUCAAAAUGUAAAACGCUAAAUGAAUUUUCUUUUAGAAAAUUUAAUAAUUUUUGAAAACUGUCCGUUGAAUGUGAAACAUAAUUCAAAAUUAGUCUAUUUCAUAUUUUUUAACAGACUGGGCAUUUGUAACACCUAACAACGUUCUUUUAAGUGAUUUUUUCUCUUGUCAAAAUUAUGUUAGUAACUCAAUGAGAAAGUUAUGUAUUGUGAAGAAAUUUUCAUACAAACUUUACCUAAUGUGAACUGCUAAAUCAGUUUAUAUAUUGUUUAUUUUAUUUUUUUAACAAAAUUUACGAGUGCUUGUUAUCAAAAAAUAAAACUGAAAUUUCUUUGCAUACUUUACUUUUCUCUAGCUUUUGGUAAGUAUAGUGUCUCCCUCCCUCUUGAUAAAAAAAGAUCUGCAAAAUUAAAUUUUAUUAUAAUUGGUUUGAUUUUUUUUCCAUAUAUAUGAAUGCACAUAAUUAUUUUAACUUGGGUUUCAAAUGUUAUUCUGAUUUAUCCAACUUAAAAAUAAGACAGUUUAAAUCUAUGAUAUUCCUUGUUUAAGAUUUAUAAAUAAUUAAUAAGAAAUAAAACAUUUAUUUGAAAACAUAAUUUAAACCAGAACAUAAAUUUGAGUGUUUCUUGAUGCUAUACCUCUGAAUUAUUGCAAAGUAUUUAUUGAGUAGAAAUAAAUAUAUUAAUACACAAUGUAAUUUACCAUGUUAUCUUCGUUUUCUAAUAUGUGCUGUUAAAAGACAUAAUUGUGUGAUGAUUUGUUAGAAAAAAAGCUUAAUUAUGAUGGUUUAAAAGCUGUUAGACUCUAGGCCAUGCUCCUUCUAAGUAUAAAAAGUUUUAAUAAAUAUUUCUUAUUUUGAUUUGUUUUCCACAUAAUACUCAUUAUAUAUUUUCUAAUUUAAUUAUUUAGCUGCACCCGAAGAAUCAAAUUAAUUUUAAUCUUUGAGGUAUUUUAUUAAAAUAGUUACAGAAAAAAAUCAUAUAAAUAUACAAAAAGGAAAAUUAAUUCAUGAUUUAAUUAAAAUUUUAACUAGCUUUGCCAUAAAUUAUAAACUUAUUGCUAAUUUACGAAUACAAUGGCUAAUCUCAAUUACAUUAUUAAAAUUUCCUUAUGCUGCAAAAAUCAGUUCCUGAGAUUCUUUAAUUUAUUAUUAUUAAUAAACAAAAAAUUUCUUUUAAUUAAAGGUAAUUAAAAAAAGAUAUAAUGAACUGAUUUUGAGAAAAAUUAAAAUUGAAGAAAAAAGCACUGUAAUAGUAAAUAAAUUUUUUUUUUAAUUAUUGGAAAAGAAAUUUGUAUUAUUUGACUUUCUAUACAUAUUUUAAUUAAUGUAUAUUAUUUUUAACUAAAAUAUGUUUUAAUUAUGACUUGCGACUUUUUGCUUAUGACAGGGAGUGAUUAAUUAUCAAAGUGCAAAAAAUGUCUUAUUUUUUUCUGUUCUUAUUAAAAUGAUGCUGCAAUUUAUUUUGUAUCCUGACUUUUAAAAAUUUAUUGAAAAUUUUUUCAUAAGUAUUUUAGGUAUAUUUAAGGCUAAAAGGGAUUCCCUCUCGUAAAAUUUUUUAAUUAAGAAAAUACUUCUACUAAUCACAGUGUUAGUUGUAUUUAGUUAUCAAUUUACAUAGCUUUUUCAGUGAUAAUUGCUGAUAAAACCUUUGCAUUCUCUCUAAAUGUUUAAGUAUGCAUGUUAAAUGCUAGUAAUAUUUAGUUUGUUAUAUACUUAAAAAUGGCAAAAAAUUUCUGUUGCAACCUUUUAAAAUUCUGGAGAAUUUAAACAUUGUUAAAAUUCCUCCAAAAAUUUUUAAAUUGAGAAAACAUAAAUAAUAUAAUAAUAUUAGUUUAUAUGCAAUUUUAUUUACUAUAAUUACUUUAUUUAAUUCACUUUAAUUUUUAAGCUUAAUUUGUACAAAGCACAUGGGUUCAUAAUUUAAAAAACUUUACCAAUAUUUAUGACUCUCCCAUAUUCAUAAAAUUUUGAGACAAAUGUUAUAUUCAAUAUCUAUUAAAACAUAUAUUAUUUACACUUUUGUACACUAUAUAAUACCACAGUUAGUGAUUCUAUAUUUAAUAUUCUAUCUAACUAUAGGUUAUUCUUUUUCAUAUCAUUACACUUUUUGUCAUUGUUAUUGAAAAUUAAAUAAUUUACUAGCUUAGAAUUUAUCAUUGCUACUUAAUUUAUAGAUUUUUUUAAAACCAUAUUUUGCCACUUUUGGGAAUAUUACAUAGUUAUGUGAUUAUAGAAAAUUUAUCAAUGUCUAAAAUUUCUUCUAAUAGUCUUAAAAACAAUCUCUGUUAUAUUAUUUACUACAUGUAUUGGGGGGGGGGAUUUUUUUUCCUGCUCUUAACACUAGAAAGACUGAAGCGACCAGUUUAGCCCUUCCCAGAUUGUGUGUAGAUCAAUUUUACAUAAAAUAUAUUAAAAUAUAAUCAUUAAUUUUAUAAAAACAUAUUAUAGAUUUUAUCUAAGAAAUUCUAUGAUGUUUUGUUCAAUUUAAUUAAGAAAAAUAUUUGAUUAAACAUAACAUAAGCUUCUCAAUUUUACGCAUGCUUUAGUUUCUUAGAUAAUUAAUCUUCCUUUCCUCUAUAAAUAACAGUUAUUGAUAUUUUAAAAUACUCUUGUCUUUUUAUUAAAACGGGGGUACCUUAUACAUACCAAAGAGUACUCUAUACCCAAAACUACCUGUGUUUACAAGAUUACCAAAAUUCUUAAGGUCUAAUCUCUCAGCCCCUCUCGUCUUUUUAGGUAUAAGAUUCUAUAAAUACAUUUCUAUAAGGCUAAUACAUAAUUGAUUAAAUAAGCAUAAAAUUAUAAAUUGACAGCACAAAAUUAUAAGUCAAAAAUACUCACUUUCAGUAAGUUAUUUUUCAAAUUAAAUAGGAAUAAAAAGCAAGUGGGGCUAAAUUGGCUUCAUCCGUCUUUCUACUGUUACAUAUUAAGAAUGAAAGUUGAACAUUUUAUAUAUUCUUAAGUAUUUUUCAUUUUUGUUGUGAAAAGUUUUAAUGCUACAUAGUUAUAUGAAAUAGUAUAAAUUUUCUACAAAGAGUGGUGUGGCAUAAAUAAAUGAAUUGACAGAAAAAUAGCAUCAACAACCAACCUAUAUGUCUAAAAACCUAAGUCAUAUACAUGCAUAAUUAUAAUUACAAGACAUGUUUAAAAAAAAAAAUUAAAAAACCAUUGACAUGCAAAAAAAUAUUUAUCAUUAACUUUCAACUAUUUUUAUGGAAUGAAUGAAAUUAUAAUGGUUAUUAUUUUAUUUCAUCUACUUAAUACCUUACGGUAGAUUUCUCUAUUUUUAAAAUAAGUUAUGUGUAAUGUGAGAAAUUAAAAUUAUUUGAAAUAUUUUUAGGAAAUUCAUAAAUCUAUUAUUAAUUUUUUACUAUUUAAUUAAUUUCUAACAGCAUAAAGUUUAUUGUUCAGAAUGUUUAUGAGUGUGAUUGUGCAUGUCUAUUAAUGUUUAUACAUAUAAUUGUACAGAGAUAUAUUUCAUACAUAGAUAUUUGACUAUGAAAGAUUUAAUCAAGAGAAUGUAUUGGACUAUAUGUGUAUAUAAACUUUAAUAUUUACUUAUUUGUAUAUCUGUUAAUGAAAUUACUAAUGAUAUCAAUAAUUGUAAUUGCUUAUAAAGUUAAUAGUUUUGCCUACAUCAGAAUUAUAAAGUAGUUCCUAAAAUUUAUUAAAUCUCGUAUAAUAUAACAAUAACAACCUAGGUUGUUUGUUAUAAAGUAAUAUCCUUAAAAUCAAAAAAUAAUCUUCAAUUGCUUGAAGACAAUGACACUGCUACAGUUACAAAAAAUUUUCUAAUUUGUAAUUAUGCUGAACGCUCUAAAAUAUAUAAGUGGCUGGUCUUUAUUUAAAUAAAUAAAAAUGCAGUUACAAUGUUGUUGAUGAUCCCUGCCCGUCAGAGUUAACUCUUCAAAAAAUUUUAAUCUCAUAAAAAAUAAAUAAUUAUUUUAAUUAAGAUAUUUUUUCUUAUAUUAGGUCUAGUAAAUCACAUUUUAGUGAUGUUAUUUCUUUUGAUAGUUGUGUAAAUCAGUGGUUCCCAAUUUUUAUUUAUUUUUGGACCACGGAACCCUCAAUAAUCAACCUCCUUUCAUCAGAACCCCAAUUUUUUAAAUAAAGUUAAAGUGUCCAGGAUAGCCUGGUUGGUAGGGCACUGGGCCCGUGUCCAAGAGUUCGUGGGUUAAAUCCCCGCCGGCUGAAGACUCUCCGUGUAGUAAAUGGUGACUGCACGUUAAAUCUGUCGAGUCGCAAUGUCCUCCAUGUUCCCAUAACAAAUCAAUACCUCUGGGGGUACUGAUCCAGGAGUUUCCUUGUCUUCUGGAUUGGUUCAAAAUUACAAGGCUAUGGAGUUGAACAUUAGUAGUCGUAAACUCAAAAUGGGGUCAGCUGUUCAACGACAAAUAUAAAAAAUAAAGUCAAGGUAAUUGUGAAUGCUAUAUCCUAUAAAAGACUACUUUUAAAUGUUUAAUUAGAGGUAUGAAGAUUUUUAAUUUUUUUACUAUUAAUAAUCUUAAAUUAUGUUUCUUAUCCGACAGUUGAAUUUGCAGUCCUUGUGCUCUAUCAAGUCUAGUUAUGAAUUUAUUUUUGGUGUAGAUACAAGAAUAUGAAUAAAAUAGGACAGAUCAUGGUCUACUUCAAAGAACUGCAUUGGAAAUUGUUAUUAGGGAAACAUAAUUCUUUAUUAAAGAUAUUAAUUAUUUUAUUUUGAUUUAAAAAGCGUAAUGGUAAAUACUAAUACGAUACUGUUCUUCAUAAUUUGUUCAAUAUAUUACCAUUAGAAAUAUUAUAUUUUCUAUUUAAAAAGGCUAUUUCUAUAUCUUCGGCAAUUUGCUUGAAAUAAUUUCAUUAAGGCAACCGAAAGAUUAAAAAAGUUAUGAAUUAUAUGUUGGAUCUAAAUAUUAUCUGAAGUUAAAAAAACUCAUCACUAGUACUAACUCAAUUAUAAAAAAACCCUUUAGUUUUUCCACUAGGGCUGCAUGGAACACUAUUUGGGAACUGCUGGUUUAAAUUGCAUUAUUAAAAAAAAAUUAUCCAGGUUCAGUAGGUGAAAGAAAUAUUGUUACUUAGAACAAUUCACAGAAUUAGUGUUUUAUUAUUUAAUUUUAAUUAGGUAUGAAAAUGUAAUUUAUAUUUUAAGGACUAAAAAAUAUUUUUAAAAAAAUUAUUGUGGCCCAUAGUGUGUGAUAAAGAUUGUUUGAAAUCUUUUAAACAGUGUUUUGUUAGAAUAAUUUUCUACUUUAAUUGGAUAAAGAAUAAAAAUCAACACAUGUUUUAUUGGUGUACAUUUUAAAAUUUUAUGAACAAUAAAUUUAAAAAAAAUUUUGACUGCUAAAAUAUCAAUAUUUUAUUCAUUUUUAACUAAAUCUUUUUUAUGACACUUUAAUCAAACCUUUGAUUAAAUAAAAAGAUUUUUUCGAAUGAUUAAGUAUUGUGAACAUAUUAUAUAAAUUUAAAUUCCUGUGGUUUGAAUAUUUUAUUAUUUAUUUUUAAAUAUUCUGUUUAAAAUUAUUAUUUAUCUAUUUCAGUUAAAAAAUAAUAUAUUUCUUAACUUUUUUAUAUAUAAAAAAAAUCUGCAUAAUUUAUAAUGGUGGAAAAGUGAUGGAAAUGUUUUAAUUUAUGUAAUGAAUUGAAUUUUAAUUAAAUAAUAUAAUUUAGUUUAAUAUAUCAAUAACUUGUUUUGAUGUAGAUUUUAGAGCAGAAAAUUAAGUUAGGAAAGUAUAAAAAGUAAGUCUUCUGGGCAUCUAUUAUCUAUUUGAAUUGAUUAAUAAAAGUAAACAUUAAUAGACUUUCAGAUAAAUGUAGUAUUUGUCAUCACUAAUUAAUUCAAAAUUACCAUUCAGAACAGGUGCAGUUAUAACCACUUUCCCAUCUCCUUCCGUUAUAUUAAAAAUCUAAUUUACUAUUUUUUGUGUUAUAUACAGUUUUAUUCAAAUUUCUAUAUUGAUAUUUUUUUUUUGCCCGUACAAAAAUCUAAAGUAUUUAAUUGGUAAAUAUAUAUAAAGGGAAAAAAAAUAUUUAUUAUUAACAGGCUGUUUUUUUUCCCUUUUUAAAAUUUAUCACUUAAUAUAGCAUUAGGAAAUAAAUUAAUUCAUAAAACAAUCCGAUCAGUAAGAUUUCUGAGAUUAUAAAGAGAUUAGUUAAAACUAAGCUGAUAUUUGAAUGCAGUGUAUCUCUACAUCCUUGAACCUAUAUGUUAAAAUUACAUUUAUUUUCAUUAUAAAUAGUGUAUAGUUUUAUAUGACUUGCUUGAACGCUGUGUUGUGAAUGAAUUUGAACUCAGAUAUAAUGAACAUUGUACAUUAUUUUACUAACGUAUGGAAUUAUCUGGAUUGGAAUUAUUAAAUUUUAUUAAUAAUGUUA